UCUGGGUGUGGUUUUAAAAACUGAGUUCCGUUAGCAGGAAGCAGAGUCCGGGAUCACCGCCAUAGCGACACCGAGCCACCGACACCAGCGGAACUUUGACUCAGCUCGCGAGAGAACUUCUCACGACGGACCGGGGGUUUGUGUUCGCGCGUGGAUCUCGCCGCGCGGGGAAAAGUUUGGGCGUCUGCAGACUUUACUGAGUCAGAGGACUUUGCGACCUCCGUGAGGAGCAUCACCGUUAAGAGACAAAAUGCCGAAGACGAUCAGUGUACGUGUGACCACAAUGGAUGCAGAGCUGGAGUUUGCCAUACUACCCAACACCACCGGCAAACAGCUCUUCGACCAGGUGGUAAAGACGAUUGGUCUGAGGGAAGUGUGGUUCUUUGGCCUGCAGUACCAAGACACGAAGGGCUUCCCAACCUGGCUCAAGCUCAACAAGAAGGUAACGGCACAGGACGUGCGGAAGGAAAGUCCUCUGCUCUUCAAGUUCCGUGCAAAGUUCUACCCUGAAGAUGUGUCUGAGGAACUGAUCCAGGACGCCACGCAACGACUCUUCUUCCUGCAGGUUAAAGAGGGGAUUCUUAAUGAUGAUAUCUACUGCCCCCCUGAGACAGCUGUGUUACUGGCCUCGUACGCAGUGCAGGCCAAAUACGCGGACUACAACAAAGAUGUCCACACACCUGGAUACCUGUCCAAUGACAAACUCCUCCCUCAGAGGGUUCUGGAACAGCAUAAACUGAAUAAAGAGCAGUGGGAAGAAAGAAUUCAGGUUUGGCAUGAAGAACACAAGGGCAUGCUCAGGGAGGAUUCCAUGAUGGAGUACCUGAAGAUAGCCCAGGACCUGGAGAUGUAUGGCGUCAACUACUUCAGCAUCAAAAACAAGAAGGGCACAGAGUUGUGGCUCGGGGUGGACGCACUGGGCCUCAACAUCUACGAGCAGAACGACAAGAUGACCCCGAAGAUCGGCUUCCCUUGGAGUGAGAUCAGAAACAUCUCCUUCAACGACAAGAAGUUCGUCAUCAAGCCCAUUGAUAAGAAAGCACCGGACUUUGUCUUCUACGCCCCACGCCUGCGCAUUAACAAGCGCAUUCUAGCCCUGUGCAUGGGCAACCACGAGCUAUACAUGAGACGCCGAAAACCAGACACCAUCGAGGUCCAACAGAUGAAGGCCCAAGCUAAGGAGGAGAAGAACCACAAGAAGAUGGAGAGGGCAAUGCUGGAGAAUGAGAAGAAGAAGAGAGAACAGGCAGAAAAAGAAAAAGAAAAGAUUGAGAAAGAGAAGGAAGAGUUGAUGGAGAAGCUGAGACAGAUUGAAGAACAGACCAAGAAAGCACAGCAAGAGCUGGAGGAGCAGACCCGUAAGGCGUUGGAGUUGGACCAGGAGAGGAGGAAGGCACAGGAAGAGGCGGAGCGUCUGGAGAAAGAGCGCCACCUAGCGGAGGAGGCCAGACUCACACUGCUGCAGCAGUCAGAGAGCCAGAUGAAGAACCAGGAACAUCUGGCUACAGAGCUGGCUGAGCUCACCUCUAAGAUCUCUCUGCUUGAGGAUGCAAAGAAGAAGAAGGAGGAAGAGGCAGCUGAGUGGCAGCAGAAGGCCACCACGGUCCAGGAGGACCUGGAGAAGACCAAAGAGGAGCUGAGGAACAAGGUGACGGCUGCCCACGUGCAGGAGCCUGUGCACGGGGAGAGCGACCACGACGAGAGCGACGAGAGCAGCGCCGAGGCCAGUGCUGAGCUGACCGCCGCUGCCACGUACAAGGACCGCAGCGAGGAGGAGAGGAUGACGGAGGCUGAGAAGAACGAACGCGUGCAGAAACACCUGCUGGCUCUAAGUACAGAGUUGGCCAACGCCCGUGACGAGACCAAGAAAACGCAGAAUGACAUCAUCCACGCGGAGAAUGUGCGGGCUGGCCGGGACAAAUACAAAACUCUGCGUCAGAUCCGCUCGGGCAACACCAAACAGCGCAUCGACGAGUUCGAGUGCAUGUAACCGCCAUCAGACGCACCGCAGAGGGCCAGCGGUCCACCACCAACAGCCACCGCACGACUGCACACAAAACUACAGUUCCCACAUUCCACUGCUCCUUCAGGGCCAAAGAGAGGCGGAAAAUUGCGGCACAAAUUCUGACACUCGCAGUGUUGUUCCUCUGGGGAUGCUGGGGCCCCCACGGUCUCGGACCAGCUCUCUGUUUAUAUAGAACCUGACACCUUAUGAACAGUGAGCCAAACCUUAGACUUCUGUAGUCACACUGAUUCCAUUGUAGUAAAGUUUGGAAUUGUAAUUUAAAAUUAACUUUUUAAAAAGGAAAAAUGAAUUCCGAUUUGAAGUGUAAUCACAUUCCCGAGAUUCCAUGCUGAUGUACUGACACACACACGGGUGGUGAUGUCAUCAGUUCCAUACACUGUGACAUCAUGGCUCGCGUGUGGACGCUGUGGCUUGUAGUAUUGCCAUGGCAACGUUUUAGAGCAUGAUGACCUUUAAUAGACUGAAUUCUAGACACGCCGCCCCAGGUCCUUCGAGAACAAGAGCGCGAUUGUGUGUGGGUGUGUGUGUGUGUGUGUGUGUGUGGGUGUGUGUGUGUGGGUGUGUAUGGGUGGGUGUGUGCGUGCGUGCGUGUGUGUAUGUCUCCCCCUCACAUGUGCCCUCCCUGCGUGUGCCUGCACAACGAACAAUUUAAACAUCAAACUGUAAUUUUUUUAGUU